CACUUUUAGGCUGGAAACGGAGACCAACAACUGCAGCUUUUUCAUCGUCAUUCUUGUAAUUUAUUAUUCACUGUAUUCAGGGGCCACAAGUUCAACAAAGGGAAACAAGGGAAGCUGAAUACAACUAUAAAAGCCUCUCGCCAUACUUCACAACUUUUCUUUUCACUGUGGAUCAUCUCAAAGCUGCCUGCUUUUUGGUGAAAGAGAUCCCUUACUGGAUUCAAGAGUUUCUUCCCCAAAUGGGUUCAUCUGACACUGAUCGAUUGUUCAACAGGCAGAGAGCUCUUCAUGAAAUCCUCGGAGGUGGUCUGGUUGCAGAUAUGAUACUGUGGAGGCGAAAGAAUCUAACUGUGGGGAUAUUGUUGGUUGCACUAGCUGCUUGGAUCGUCUUUGAAAGAUCUGGUUAUACUCUUUUGUCGCUUGUUUCUAAUGUUCUCCUCCUCCUUAUAGUCAUUCUUUAUCUUUGGGCAAGGUCAGCGGCAAUUCUCAAUAGACCAGCUCCACCUCUACCACAGCUGCAUCUAUCAGAGGAAAUGGUAAAUGAAGUUGCAACUUUCAUCCGAACUAAUGCAAAUUACGUGCUUUCAGUUUCCCAGGAUAUUGCCCUGGGCAAGGAUUCAAGAUUGUUCUUGAAAGUAGCUGCAUGCCUCUGGGUUAUUUCUGUGGUUGGGGGCCUCACUGAUUUUCUCACCCUCACAUACGCUAGUCUCUUUAUUAUCCUCACUGUGCCAGCAUUUUAUGAAAGAUAUGAAAAUUUCAUUGACAAAUAUAUCUUGAUGGGCUAUCGGAAAUCAGUCCAAUUGUAUGUGAAACUAAAUGAAUAUAUCAGCAAAGUGCAAAACUGGGUUUUGGAGAAGAAAAAGCUGAGCUGAUUUUUCUUGCCAUUUUGGCAGCUUCAUUCCAUUCUUUUCCUAUGGUGAGAGCGUAAUUGCAGUGUGGAGCAUGAUGGUGACUACCCAGCACCUAGUUGUAGAGAAGUGAUUUUUGAAUUUUCCAUCUGAUAGGUUUUACCGAGAAAAGAUAUAGGUGAGAGAGCUUGGGACUACCCACAAACAGUUCUGGCAAUGUGUUGUUUGUAAUUGCAGGUAUAGAUUUAUUCUUGUAAUAUAUUUGCCUCAUUCACAACUGAACCUUAAUUUUCUCCAUGAAGUUGUUUGUAGGGUUGAUGGCAAUCGUAAUGUUGUAUGAUUUUUUUUGCUUGGCAAAUAGAGAUGGCAUCUUCUUUUGCCAACUUGAAAACGA